ACUUAUAUUCUUGUAAUUUUAGAUGCUUGAAUCUUCUAAUAUUUUAUAAACGUUUAUACGUAUCCUACUUCGGCUGUGGCACUGUGCAUGUUAAUCCGGAUUCGCGGUCCACAUUUCGCUCAUUGUCAUCAUUGUGUUGCUUUAUGUUUUAACACAUUCAUACCGUUUUAUCGUGUCGAAGUAUUUUUAGAAUCCGAUCCGUCGGUGGUUGUAGACUUUGAUGUCUUUGUAAACAUGAUAUUAUUGUAAAUACUUAGCCCGUCUUUAUUAUGGUCAAGUGAAAUAGUUUUGUGGAAUUUAUUUGAAGAUACUGAAUUAAUAAUACAAUUGUGAUGAAAGUUUUUAUUGUUUAUGAAGAAUAUAGCGAACACAUUCAAAGCUGAUAAUCUGGUGUUUAUGCUGUUAGUACCGCGGUGAAGGCGACGGCAUGUGGCGCGGCGCGCGGGUGCUGGUGCUCGCGGCGCUGGGCCUACUGGCCGGGCCUUCAGCCGCCGCCAAGAAGUACAACAUCACCAUCGGCUACCUGCCGUCGAUCAAAGGCGAGCACAGGGACAGGCAGGGCCUUGCCAUCUCCGGCGCCCUCUCCAUGGCCCUAGAGGAGAUCAACAACAGCUCGGUCAUCCUACCCGACGUGCAGCUGCUGCUGGAAUGGAACGACACGCGCUGCGACACGGUGACGGCGACGCGGCUGCUCACCGAUAUGAGCUGUUCCGGCGUUGUGGCCUUCUUCGGCCCCGAGGGUCGCUGCCACACAGAGGCUAUCAUCGCACAGUCUCGAAAUCUACCUAUGAUCUCCUAUAAAUGUUCAGAUUACCAAACUUCAACAUUGCCAAAUUUUGCUAGACUGGAGCCGCCUGACACUCAGGCGACGAAAUCUGUGUUAUCUUUAUUGAGGUACUACAGAUGGAAUAAGUUUUCGAUAUUAUACGAAGAGUCGUGGGUGACGGUCGCGCUGACUCUGGAGAACCACGCGAAGCAGAACAACAUGACGGUGAACCACCAGCGGCCCGUCAUCGACGGCUUCAAGUGCUGCGAGGAGAAGAUGACCUGCUGCGCGCCCGGCUUCUGGUACCAGUUCAUACAGGAGACCAAGAACAAGACUAGAAUUUACGUGUUCUUGGGCUCUACGUCUGGUCUCAUAGAAAUGAUGACAGCUAUGGAGUCGCUACAGUUGUUCGCUAAGGGGGAGUACAUGGUUAUAUUUGUUGAUAUGAUGACGUACUCCUCAAAGGACUCAUUGAAGUAUAUUAUAAAUACUGAAGAUCGUGGAUCUAAAUUGGUGUGUCCGAACACACCGGAGUUUAGGAAGCGGGCGCAGUCACUGCUAGUUGUGGUAUCUUCUGAACCAACUGGCGGUUAUGCGAACUUCACAUCCAAAGUUCGACAGUAUAACAAUAUGAAACCAUUCGAAUUUCCAUUGCCGACAGUUUUUGGAGAUAGAUUUACCAAGUUUGUAUCAAUAUAUGCGGCAUAUUUGUACGAUUCUGUGAAAUUGUAUGCCACAGCUUUGGAUAAACUAAUAAAAGAAGAGACUGACAAGGAACAACUCACUUACAAGAAACUGAUGAGCAUCGCAACUAAUGGUUCUCGAAUUGUUGCUGAAAUGAUAAAAUCUUCGCCGUACAAAAGUGUAUCGGGUAUGUCGAUCCGACUGGACGAGCGCGCAGACUCUGAGGGUAACUUCUCCGUGUUGGCCUUCAAGCCCACCAACUUCAGUGACAACAACAUCAACUGCUCCUACAGCAUGGUGCCCGUUGGCAACUUCCAGCAGUCCACUCGCAAAUUCCCUGAAUACAAAUUAAAUCCCCGUUUGCCGAUCGAUUGGCCGGACAGUGUGAAGCCCGAGGACGAACCAUCUUGCGGGUUCCUCAAUGAAAAGUGUCCCAAGGAUGAAUCUCAAAUCACAUCGCUGGUGGUGGCGGGGACGCUCGCUGUCACACUGUUCUGUGCUCUCGUCGUCACCAUCAGUAUAUACCGCAAAUGGAAGAUAGAACAAGAGAUAGAAGGAUUGCUUUGGAAGAUAGAUCCGCAUGAAAUAGCCGGAUAUUUAGGCAGCGGCCUCGUGUGGUCACCUAGUAAGUUGAGCCUGGCGAGCGGUAUAUCGUGCGAGAGUCGAUGUUGCACUCAGAUCUUCACAACGACAGCGCACUACCGCGGCAACGUCGUGCGCAUCAAGGAGCUCAAGUUUGCCAAGAAGAAAGACAUAUCUCGUGACGUGAUGAAGGAGAUGCGGCUGCUGCGCGAGCUGCGACACGACAACUUGAACUCGUUCAUCGGCGCGGUGGUGGAACCUCUGCGGGUGCUCCUCAUCACCGACUACUGCGCCAAGGGCAGCUUGUAUGACAUUAUCGAAAAUGAAGACAUUAAGUUGGACAAAAUGUUUAUUUCUUCGCUAAUUCAUGAUCUCAUUAAGGGUAUGAUAUUUAUUCAUACAUCGCCGUUAAUAUUUCACGGCAAUCUGAAAUCUUCUAACUGUGUAGUUACAUCUCGUUGGAUGCUGCAGGUUACUGAUUUCGGUCUCCAUGAGUUACGAUAUUGCGCCGAAAACGAAUUUGUUGGUGAACAUCAAUAUUACAGAGGUCUGCUGUGGAAGUCUCCGGAGCUGCUGCGUCAGCUGGAUGACCCCAACGGCACAGUGGGCGGCACUCAGAAGGGCGAUGUGUACGCCUUCGGAAUUAUACUUUACGAAAUCAUCGCUAGACGUGGACCUUUCGGACUUACUACCUUGGAACCCAAAGAUAUAGUAGAUAGAGUGAAGAGAGUGAAGGGUGAGGGCGAGGAGGUGUUCCGGCCGGACACGAGCGCGCUGGAGGGCGUGGCGGAGGAGUACGUGGUGUCCUGCAUGAGGGACUGCUGGGCGGAGGACCCCGCACUGCGACCGGACUUUCCCACCAUACGUAGCAGGCUCAAGAAGAUGAAGUCCGGCAAGUCAAGAAAUAUAAUGGACCAAAUGAUGGACAUGAUGGAGAAGUACGCUAAUAAUUUAGAAGAACUAGUCAACGAGAGGACAAGGCUAUUGAUUGAAGAGAAGCAGAAAACCGAAGAUUUGUUACAUAGAAUGCUACCAAAGUCUGUGGCGCGGCGGCUGACGACCGGCGAGGGCGUGGAGCCGGAGUCAUUUGACUCUGUGACAAUAUACUUCAGUGAUAUUGUCGGCUUCACCGCCAUGUCUGCGGAGAGCACGCCGCUGCAGGUCGUCAACUUUCUCAACGACUUGUACACGGUUUUCGAUAGGAUUAUAAGAGGCUACGACGUGUACAAAGUAGAAACUAUAGGAGACGCAUACAUGGUGGUGUCAGGUUUGCCGAUCCGUAAUAAUGACCGUCACGUGGGCGAGAUCGCGUCUAUGGCGCUUGAGUUGCUCAACGCAGUCAAGACGCACAAAAUUGCACACAGACCCAACGAAACACUCAAACUGAGAAUAGGCAUUCAUACAGGUGCGGUGGUGGCGGGUGUGGUGGGUCUGACGAUGCCACGCUACUGCCUGUUCGGGGACACCGUGAACACCGCCUCGCGCAUGGAGUCCAACGGCGAGCCUCUGCGCAUACACAUCUCGCCCAGCUGCAAGCUGGCCCUCGACAAGAUCGGCGGAUACCUCGUCGAGCCCAGGGGAACUAUACCCAUCAAGGGGAAAGGACAGUUGCAAACAUAUUGGCUAGUCGGUGCAACAGAGAAGGCGAUACAAAAGAGGCCCGUAGAGGGUGAGGAGCGGCCGCUGUUCCGGCGACCACGCAGGAGUCCGCGACUGACCGACUCCAGACAUCCUUCUUUAUCAGAACUGAAGAAUGAUGCCGGGUGGGCUAUGAGCGGAGUGCGACAGCGACUCCAUAGCGGCGCCUCGCUGCCCGCCGCGCCCCCCGCACUGCCCCCCGCCCUGCCCGCGCCCUCCUCGCCCGCACCGCGUCGUGCCCGCAACGACCGCCUCGACCACGCGGCACGCGCCAGACACGCACUGAGUUCGAUAGCGUCGUCCACGGCGUGCGAGACUGACGGCAUCUCGGAGACGUCUGUGGGCGUGUGCGGCGCCGGCGGGGCGGUGUCGCUGCGCGGCGCGCACUCGCUGGACUUGCUGGCGCCGCGUCGGGACGCACGUCUGCGCCGCGGACACACUACGCGCUCGCUCGACGCCGACGUCGCCAUCUCCACAGUAUCCGGUCCGCUCUUCAACGGCACCAUUAUCGGUAUCGUGACCGACGACCCCCCAAAGACGGGCGAGGACAGCCCCCUACUGCGCAAAAGCAGCCUGCACAACAAGCUGGAGCGACCCAAACGUAAAGUGCACGACGCAAACUACAUCGAAUUCUAUAAGAAGUGGCGGUCGCUGGAAAACAUGGCGGAUGUGAAAGGAGAGGCCCGCAAGCUGCCGCGCUUCGCCAUCCGCUCCUGGCUGCUGGGCAUCUUCAGUGGCACGCGCAGCAGCAGCUCCUCCUUGCGCCGCGCACCUCCGCUGCUCGACCGCGAGUCCGCCGUCUAGUCGGGCAUCGGUGCAGUACAAAAAACACUUCAAUACGAAAUGAUGCAAUUUGAUGCAAAUGAAAGAGUCGCACCAGAUUGUGUUGGACCUGUCUUAUUGUAGUAUUGCACCUCGGGCAGUGAGUAAUUCUGUUAUAAAUCACUGUCUUCUACUUGUAAGGUGCGCGACUUCUCUUCAACUUGUAAGCUAGAUCUGCCACUGAUCUGUAUAAUCAUGUCAACUCAACCCCAAGGUUAAUUAUUUUAUCUUUUAGAUUUGUUUUGUAUCAAAUUUUCCAGUCGAUUAUCAAAGAUAUGGAACAAAAGGCCUAUUAGAAUAUUUUUUGUUAGUAUUGCCCGUGUAGUAAAGUUUACAUCUGCCACAAAUCAGCAGACUACCGUUUUCCAAAUUACAUGUUUUAACAAAUAUUCUAAUAUUAGUGUGUACAAGCGUAUUUUAUUGUGGCUGCUUCAGUGUAAUAUUUUUUUAUUAUGAUUUCUAUUCAAUAAUUUGGUAGAUCCAAUUAAUUCUACUGUAGACUUGUUUUUGUUGUCUUGUAUAAGUGUAUAAUUAUAUUGAUACUAUUAGAAAUUGCAAUGGAUCUAUGAUAACUUUACUAUAUUAUAAAUAUGUUAAAAUAAAUAAACAAGAAACGUGGGACAGACUAGUCUAUCUAUCUAUGAAUCCUGCACUCGAAUCAUUUAAAUGUAUAUUAGAAUUAUAUGUAUAUGAAAUGCUGUUGUAAAUAAUAUGUGUAAGUAAAACGAUGUUACCGUAAAUUGUGAAUUAAGAGUUUAAUGUUAUUAAAUAA